AUGGUCAAAAAUAGAGUAGUUGCGUCGACCAAGGAGCGUCAACCCAGCACUUAUCGAAAUCUCACAGUCAUUUCGCUUAAGAUAUGCUACAAGAAGAUCUCAGUGAAGAUCCCCAAGAACUUCGUGACGGAAGGUGAGACCCCCAGCAAGGUGUUCGACAUCGGAGAGCUCAAUCUAGCCGGCAGUUUCUCUGGAGAAAGCACAGACUGUCUCAAUUAA